GUACAGACCCAGCAAGAGAGGGCCUGGAGGAGAGAGGCUGGCUGUGGAUCCCGUUGCCAGGCAGGGUGCAUUCUCUGGGGGAUGGAAGCAGCAGGACUCCCCUGCGAGCUCCACAGAUCUCCAGGGUGUGAUUGUGUAGAAGAAUAGCCCCGCUGUUCUCUAAUCCCUCAUCUCCUCUCUUCAUCCCUCUCUCCCCCUACCCUGCUUUGUGAAUUGAGGAUGAGUGUGAGGUGGGACUCACACAGAGACAGGGUCAUGUCUAGGUCACUCUUCCUCCUCUUCCUCUGGUCCCUCUGCUCACCCUGUCUGUCUAUCCAUGCGGAGACAGCAGAGAGCCACAGUACGUUUACCUGUGAGCCAAUAGGACUACGGAUGUGCCAGGACCUGCCUUACAACACCACCUUCAUGCCCAACCUCCUCAACCACUACGACCAGCAGACGGCCGCGCUCGCCAUGGAGCCCUUCCACCCCAUGGUGAACCUGCAGUGUUCGGAGGACCUGAGGAUGUUCCUAUGUGCCCUCUACGCUCCAGUCUGUAUGGAGUAUGGCCGCGUGUCCAUGCCCUGCCGAGCCAUGUGCCACCGCACCAAGAGGGACUGCAACAAACUCAUGGAGAUGUUCGGUGUGACCUGGCCAGACGAGAUAGAGUGUAGCAGGUACCCAGACUGUGACGAGGCCUACCCCCGUACUGUGGACCUGCAAACCAGCGUGGACCCCACAGACAUCUCUCCCAUCUCCAUCCAGAGGGACUACGGCUUCUGGUGCCCCCGCGAGCUCAAGAUGGAGCCUGACCUGGGCUACUCGUUCCUGGGCACGCGCGACUGCUCGGCCCCCUGCCCCAACAUGUACUUCCAGCGCUCGGAGCUCACCUUCGCCCGCUACUUCAUCGGCGUGGUGUCUAUCGUGUGUCUCGCGGCAACGCUCUUCACCUUCCUCACGUUUCUCAUCGACGUCACGAGGUUCCGCUAUCCCGAGCGGCCAAUCAUCUUCUACGCCAUCUGCUACAUGAUGGUGUCACUGGUCUUCUUUCUGGGCUUCCUAUUGGAGGACAGUGUGGCGUGCAAUGCGGCGAACCCCGCCCAGUACCGGGCGGCCACCGUCACGCAGGGCUCACACAACAAGGUGUGCUCUCUGUUCUUUAUGGUGCUGUAUUUCUUCACCAUGGCUGGCAGUGUGUGGUGGGUCAUCCUCACCAUCACCUGGUUCCUGGCGGCCGUUCCCAAAUGGGGCAGCGAGGCCAUCGAGAAGAAGGCCCUGCUCUUCCACACCUGCGCUUGGGGCCUGCCCGGCUGCCUCACCGUGGCCCUGCUGGCUCUCAACAAGAUUGAGGGCGACGGUGUGAGUGGGGUGUGCUUCGUAGGCCUCUACGACGUCACAGCACUGCGCUGGUUCCUGCUAGCACCGCUCUGCCUCAACGUGGCGGUGGGUGUAUCUCUGUUACUGGUGGGCAUUGUGGCACUGAACCGUGUGCGUAUGGAGAUCCCUCUGGAGAAGGAGAACCAGGACAAGCUGGUGAAGUUUAUGAUCCGUAUCGGGGUUUUCUCUGUGCUCUACCUGGUACCUCUGCUCACGGUGAUAUCCUGCUACCUGUAUGAACAGAGCAACAGGGCUGUCUGGGAGAUCACCUGGGUCCAGGAGCACUGCAGAGACUACCACAUACCCUGUCCCUACCAGGUUGAGCAGACCAGUCACCCAGAUCUGACCCUGUUCCUCAUUAAGUACAUGAUGAUGCUGGUGGUGGGAAUUCCUUCGGUUUUCUGGGUAGGCAGCAAGAAGACCUGCUUCGAAUGGGCCAGCUUCCUACAAGGACGCAGACGCAAAGAUAGUGGGGUGAAUGAGAGCAGACAGGUGCUCCAGGAGCCAGACUUUGCCCAAUCUCUACUGAGAGACCCCCACACCCCCAUCAUCAGGAAAUCACGGGGAACCUCCACCCAGGGCACCUCCACCCACGCCUCUUCCACUCACCUGGCCAUUCUGGAAGAGCCUGAUGACCCUAGACACGCCCCCGACGACCGUGGACCAAUUCACUCUCUGGGCCACGCCUCCUCCACCCGCAGCAAGGCUGGCAGCAUGCACAGCAAGACCAGUUACCAUGGCAGCCUGCAUCGCUCCCGAGAUGGACGCUACACCCCCUGUAGUUACAGAGGCGGCGAGGAGCAAACAAUACACCCCCACAGCAGCAUGCCUCACCUCGACCAUCCGCUGUCCACUCACAGCAGCCUCCACCGACUGGAAUCCCAAUCACGGCACAGUAGCCAGCGUGAUCUCGUCGUUGCCUCACCCACCCGUAUCACCCACGGGACGAGCGGUGGCCGCGUCGCUAAUGAUGACGAUGGAGCCAGCGCCUGACCGGAAUCAGGAAAUGUCAUCACCGCGGAACAGGAAGUUGUGAGUUGUUGACCCGCUCCCCACCUUUGACAGACACAUAGGUUCCUCACAUUCAGGAGGAGGGGUGUGAGGGGGUGUGGCCUUCAGUUUAACUGACAAAUGGAUCACUCCUGGACAGCCUUUCACUGAGGUUGCUAAUUAGCGAGAUGCUAAUUGCUAUCCCUCAGUCAAGCAGUUGACAUUGGACUGGGCUCCCUACGGAGAGACUGGUUAUAGAGAGCCAGCCCACUAUGGAUGACGUGGUUUGUGUACCGGGGUUGCAACCAAAAUUAUUUUCAUUCCAUUUAACUGUUCCAACCAGAAAAAUAAAGUUAUGAACUGGUUCGAAUCCCCCAAAAAGUAUGUUUUAUAUAGGUCCUUUCUGUUGCUUUUUUAAAUCUCCAUAUUUUUUUGUUUUUUUAAACAUUUAGCUCGACAUUAAAUGACUUCACCAAUGAAUGGAGUAGGUAUGCUAUGUACAUGCAUUGGACAGACAAGUGUCGUGUAGUGUACGAGAUGAGACUGAAAUUUUGCGGGUGAGAAGAGUGCUGGGCAUGAAGAGCUGGGCAUCUUGUUGUUAUGACAUACAUUAUCUGAAUUAGGCCCACAGAAUUAUACCUACGGAGGAGGAGCUUCUAUGAAGGAACUUUGAAUGUCUUUGAACUUCAGAGAGUUGGGUUGACUAAUGUUGAACCAGAGCUAGCCCUUGACCAUGACUCGUUUCCUUGACAUUACACAUAAUUCCGCCUAGACCAGCGCUAGCGAGCUAGCGAACACGCUUGUGUGUGCAGAGCGGCACCAGAGAUAAAAAAAAAAAAAUUUAACUGCAUUUUGUAGUUAAUAAAUCCAAUGUGAAACCUGAUAACUAUCCUUAACUACCAUUGAACAAGUUAAUCCAUUGUUCUCUAAUAAAAAUAUCUGAAUCAUUUUCAGCUGGCAGGCAGGCAGACACUGGAAUAUGUUUCUGAGUGACCAACCAAGGUGCUUGGUUGCAUUUUUUUGUGGGACUGGAAAAAAAAAUGCCCGGAAAGUAAAAGAACAUUAUUAACCGGUUCCCAUUCUUUUAAAAUAACGGUUGUGAUCCGGAACAGUAUAGAUCACUUUCGUUCUCUGUUCUGUCCCUUGAAAUGUUUAGUUCUUUUACGGUUUUUGGUUCUGUUCCCUGAACUGGUUCCAACCCCUGGUUGUGUGUGUACUCUGAUACACACAAAGCAAUUAGGAGAUGAGCUGUCAAUGUCUGUGUUACGGUGCUCUUGUGCUGUGGCUGUGAAACUACUAUUAUUAUUUUUUUCUACUGUGAAGAUUGGCUGUGAAUACUGCUGAAAAGAUGAGCGACGAGUAUUUGUGUGCUUGCGUGUGUACAUGCAGUGCGGUACAUUAAACCGCGUUAUACUCCCACCAGGUGGAGAAAAAGGAGAGGAACGUAUGAGAGAGGAAGCGAAGGAAGCUAGGGGAGAAGGUGUAGCUUUGAAACAACCCUUAGGCACUCCUGUUUUCAUAUGGUCAUUCCUUCACCUUGCCUUCCGAUGGGCUCGGUGGAAUUCAUACCAUAUUGCUCCUGGAGUUCAUUGGGAAUAGUUUCAAUUUGGCAUUCAGAAAGCUACGGAAGAAUGAUCGAAAGGGAAGGAAAGGGAGGGAGGGCUCUCAGUUUGCUGCUGCUCCAGAGCUUUGCAGAGGAAUGUGUGGGGGACUUAUUAAG